CCAAUCGCCCCCUCAGUCCGCAUUUGGAUGCUAGGCUCGGAGCGGCAAGGGCGAUCACGCAGCUCGUGCCUCACGUGAAUACCCGUGCGUUAGUCAUCCUCACCGCGCAUCAACCACAACAAACCACGCCUCAUCGCUCCUCAACCACGCAUUGACUUGCCCAUCUCGCAUGCCUCGCUAUUGACGUACACAUUCUCACACAGUUUGUAAUGGCCGACCACAAAGCCGUACGGCCCGCGAGCCGGCGCAAAACGCCAACCCCGCAACCCCAGUCACGCGCAGCUACUGUACAUGAUGGACGCGCAUCGCAAUCGAGACGGCUGCGAAGCGCGAGUCGCGACGUUGAGGAGUUCGCUGAGUUACCAAACCCGGUCCGCCGAAGCGCGCGACAGGCGAGCGUUAUGAGCGUAGUCAGUGAAGGUGAUAAUGAAGAGCCAAUGGCGCGCAAGACAAAGCAAAAGCCCGCCAAGAAGACAGUGGACCUGACCACUGUUGAAGAACUUGAUACACAAAUCGACCUUGGGGACGCUCCGGGUACACCUCCUCGUACACAAUUCGAGAAUACGGCCCCAGAUCGCUCGCCCGGCGCUGCUUCCCAGAUGUCUGGGACUACUGCGAUGCCCUCGUUCUCUCAAAUCGAGGAUGAGGCUCUGGACUCAGAGGCCAUUAUGAAACACCUACGUAAACUCGGUAACGCAGCCGAAGAUUUUCUUGACCACAUUGUUCCCGACAACGGGGGACAGAUCAGUGAUUUGCGAAACCUUGAAGAGAUACAGAACCCGAAUUCUCGAUUUCUCGAAGGAUACCAAGAGUUUGACAAUGAGCUGAACGAGUAUUUGAAAGAUUUCAAAAGCCAGGAACAAGACUACAUCAACGUGCAGGGCAUUCACCACGCGCUUUUCGAUGUAGAUGAAGAUGCAGCUGCGGUGCAAACUGAUCUGGACUCGAUUCUAUAUCUCACCAACCUGGCUGUUUUCGCGAAACGAAUGAUCCAUCCUGAUCUAAGUCAGAAGGACAUCUGGGAUGCUCUUCGACAGCUCGAUAUGUCGUUCCCAAGCCACUUUGUGCCUUCUUUCUCCGCUGAGGGAGACUUUGCGGCUGGGGGGCAGAGUGCUUUGUUAAAAAAGACAUUCAAACUAGCGCUGGAAAUGCGCACACAACUUGCAGUCAUGGUGAUGCAGCGAUCCCUCAAUGACAGUAGCUUCGACCCUGAUAGAGUCAUCGACGAAGUUUUCCUCAAUUCAGAAGCUUCGCAAGAACCAGGACGUCCUGCUAUCCGCGGAUGGAGCGAUACUGCACUGGGCGAGAAAUCGGACCUGUCUCGACGUUUUCAAAGUAGUGUUCUGAAACGGAUAGAAGUGAUCAGAAAGUACUUUCCCAUGGACGCUGGAUCACUCGAGCGUGGAGAAAAGGUGCUUAUAGAAGACUUGGUUGCCAGGUUCCCCUGGGACGGAGGGGAGGGGUUUGUCGUGCAGCUGCUAGACUGGACACGCUUUCGAUACAGAGAGCUUCGUACUGCCAUUGAGAAGCUCGGUGGAGCUGCAGCGAUUGUGCGCAACGUCAAGAAAGAAAGGGAUAGUCUUCAGCCUGCCACUCAAACGAUCAAGGUGACCCCAGCCCUGCAAGAGACACUUCGACGGAAGCGGAGUUCAUUUGGACCAGACAGAAGGCGUAGUAGUCGCAGGUUUGACCCAAAUGCACCUGUGGACAUACGAGCAAUUGAUGCACUAAAAGCGCGCGAGAGAGCAUCAGAAAUACAAGAGGCAGACGUUUUGCCAGAAACUCAACCCGAACCAGAGACUCAAGCAGAUCCAGAAGUUCAAGCGGAUGCAGUCGCUCCACAAACGUUCGAAGAAACUCGCGAAGAAGAAACCGUUCUUGAAGACGAGCAAGAUGAUUGGCAAACGACACUCGCUGAGGACGACUUACAGGUAGACAAACAGCUUGUGAAAGAGGCGGAACAAUCGGUCGAAGAGAUCAUCAUCUCGGGCCCACCAAAGAUCGAUUUGGAUCUGGUCAAAAACCUCAUAGCAGCUUCUCAACCAGAGAAAGAGAAUAGGGACAAGCCGAGAUUCGUUGACCGUCAACCCAACGCCCAGCGCGUCGACUUUGGCGAUGGUUUCAGCAGCCAGAUAUCGUCCGGCCCAUCGAACAUAGUAAAGGAGAAGCAGAGUGCACCGCCACCGUCUAGAAAGCGCGCGCGGUCCGCCGAUGAGGACGAUGACUCCGACGCCUUUGAGACAGAAGAACGCACCGCCCGCGUCCAAGAACGACGCCAAAAAGCCCCCGUAGCAAAGAAAGUCCGCCUCGAUCCCGAGCUCUCCGCCCCGCCCACCAGCCGCCAACCUCCACGUCCAACCCCCGCCUCAUCCGGCGCUCCGCCCAGCCACCAACCCCCGCGCCGCAACGACGCGCCCGACGACGAAGACGAGUCCUCCGAAACGGACCCCCCGGAUAUGACCGAGGAGGCGCCGGCCUCUACAUAUGAAGCUCAAAAACUCCUAGCAAAGCAAAACGACGCAGUUAGACCUCGGGGUGAACGCAAGCCCCGCACCGCCUGGACAGAAGGAGCGGAGAAGGCGUUUGUGAAUUACAUGGCCAAGUAUCCACAGAAGUACUCGACCAUUAUGGCACUCGACGAACCUGAAAAGGGGGGCCAUGGUUGGUUCCAAGAUCGCACGCAGGUUAGCUUGAAAGACAAGGCCGUCGUUAUGGCUGUUAAUAUGAUCAAGUCUGGUACGGGAUUAAGAGAAGGGUUCGAGAAUGUCGUCAGGCCUUGGACGAAGAUCGGCGAGGGGCUGAGUGACGCUGGGUAUAAGUGGUGAUGUGGAAUGAAGUUUGCUCUGGCGUAUUGGAUUUUCUGAUGAGCAGUGGUGAGGGUUUUACCCACUGUUAGGCGUUUUGGGUUGGCUGGCUUCGGCUACGUGAGGUUUAUUGAUACCCGUAGCCCUUUUGUGCUCCCGUUGUUACGUAGUUCCGCUCGUUUAAUGUCAAACAUUGCCCUUCUCCA